UAAGUUAUUGUAAAUCGUAAUAGGAUUAUAUAAUUUAUAUACAAAGAGAUAAUUAGUAUUCUAAAUUCUAAUAGGAUUAUAUUCAAAAUCCUAAUAGGAUUACAGUAUUCUCUUUCCUAUAAAUACACAUAAUAUUUACAUUAAUCCACUUCAAAACGAAUUCAAUACCUUCAAAUCUUUAUUCUAAUCAUAAAAACCAUGACUUCAUUGCUGCAUAUAAUCUCUGUUCUAAUCGUGCUCUCCUUCUCUUCAGUACCAUUUUGCUUAGGUAGAACUACUACCUCAACAACUACUUAUGUAGUUGAAAAUUUUAACCCAAACAAUAAUAAGUCUGUUAUAAACUACACUUAUGAUACUCAGGCUUUUACUAGGGCAUGGCAGAAAGCAUGCUCUACCAAAGGAAGAGUAAUUUUGGUGGUUCCAAAAGAGAAAAAGUAUCACCUCAAGCCUAUAAAAUUCGGUGGUCCAUGCCAAUUCGAGCAACUUAAUUUUGAAAUUCUUGGAACAAUAGUUGCAUCUAAUGAGCAAUCAGAUUAUGGUGAAUAUGGUAGUCGAUGGCUCAUUUUUGACAAUGUCAAAAAUUUACUAGUCCAAGGUGGUGGUACCUUAGAUGGCUAUGGUGAUAUAUGGUGGAACAAACCAUGCAAAAUGAACAAAUCUCAACUGUGUAAACAAGCGCCAACUAUUUUACAGGCUAUAACUUUUCAUAAUUGUGAGAAUUUGGUAGUGAGAAACUUAAAAGUACGAAAUGCACAACAAACACAUGUAUCAUUUAAUCAUUGUAGAAAUGUUAAAGCUUCACAUCUAACAAUAAGUGCAUCAGAAAAUAGUCCCAGUACUAAUGGAAUUUAUGUUUCACAUACUGAAGAUAUUAACAUCUCACACUCUGUUAUUGGAACUGGUGCGGACUGCAUCUCAAUUAAGAGUGGAACUAAAAAAGUAAGAGCUUCAGAUAUAACUUGUGGACCAGGUUAUGGGAUAAGCAUUGUAGACUUGGGUUCGGGAAACUCUGAAGCUCAUGUUACAGACGUAAUUGUAGAUAGAGCUAAUUUUUAUGAAACUAAAUUUGGAGUUAGAAUAAAAACUGUUCAGGGUGGUUCAGGAAGUGCAAGCAAUAUUAGAUUUAAAAAUAUUCAAAUGAAUAAUGUUGAGAACCCCAUUGUAAUAGAACAAAACUACUGUGACCAAAGUAAAAAGCUUUGCAAACAACAGGGCUCAUCAUCGGCAGUUCAAGUUAGUGAAGUGUCUUUUGAAAACAUUAAGGGUACAAGUGUAAUGAAAGAAGCUAUUAAAUUGGACUGCAGUGAGAGUUUUCCUUGCAAAGACAUUAAAAUGGAAAAUGUUCACUUCACAUACUAUAAAAACCAAGGCCAUACCAAAGCUGUGUGCCAAAAUGUCGAAUUCACUCGUUUUAGAGAUAUUAUUCCAAGCUGUGAUUCUGAUACCAUUGACCACCGAAAGCCUCAGCCACAGACACAGCCAAAGCCUCAACUGAAGCCUCAACCUCAACCGCCUCAGCCUAAGCCUCAGCCUAAGCCUAAGCCUCGAUCUCAACCAAAGCCAAGGCCUGUGCCAGUUCAAAAACGAGGAGUUAUUAAUGUUGAUGAUUUUGGAGCAAAAGGAAGGGGCCAAGAUGACACGAUGGCAUUUGAGAAGGCAUGGCAGAAGGCUUGUUCAUCUAAUGUUCCUAUUGUACUAGUGGUGCCUUCUCAAAACACCUAUCUUGUUAAGCCAAUUGUGUUCCGCGGUCCAUGCAAAUCCAAAGUUACAGUUCAGAUUGAUGGGACUAUAGAAGCACCCUCCGAUCCAUCAGACUACAAUGGACACGAAAGCAACUGGCUUAUGUUUGAAAAUAUUAAUGAUUUAGUAGUCCAAGGUGGUGGAACCAUUAACGGUAAUGGAAAUUCUUGGUGGAAGCUCUCCUGCAACAUUGAUACAUCACUCCCAUGCAAGCCAGCACCAACCGGUUUAACUUUUUCAAAUUGUAACAACUUGGUGGUGAGAGAUUUACAUGUAAAAGACUGCCAACAAAUGCAAGUCAUGUUUGUGAAUUGCAACACAGUCAUGGCUUUCAAUCUCACAGUCACUGCACCAGGCGAUAGUCCCAACACUGAUGGAAUCCAUGUAACACGUUGUGUGAACAUGGACAUCUCUAACUCUGUCAUUGGAACAGGUGAUGAUUGCAUAUCUAUCGUAAGCGGAUCCCGAAAUGUUACAGCCACAGACAUAACCUGUGGACCUGGUCACGGAAUCAGUAUUGGAAGUUUGGGAGCUGGACAUGCAGAAGCUCAUGUUUCUGAUAUAUUCGUCCGCAGAGCUAAAUUUUACGAAACCACUAAUGGAGUUCGAAUUAAGACUUGGCAGGGAGGUAAAGGAGAUGCGAGAAAUAUAAAAUUUCAAGACAUAGAGAUGCAUAAUGUGCAGAACCCAAUCAUAAUCGAUCAAAAUUAUUGUGAUCGUCGUAGAAUGGUCUGCAAACAAGAGGAAUCUACCGUUCAAGUGAGUGAUGUGUUGUACCAAAACAUUAAAGGUACAAGUGCCACUCAAGUUGCCAUAAUGUUCGAUUGUAGUCAGAGUCAUGAAUGUGAAAAUAUUAUAUUACAAGAUGUCGAGCUACAACUACCCCAACAUAGAGUACAUGCUGAAGCUUUGUGCAACAAUGUGGACCUCACUCAUAUUGGACUAGUUACUCCUCUGUGUCCAAAUUAGGAUUAUUAGUCAUUAAUUUUAUUUUUUUAUUCGUUUGUAUCUUAGUUUUCAUUUGGUUCUUUAUUUUUGAACACAUGAUCGAACUAAUACCAAAAUGAACUUGUGUAACUAUUUUUUGUUAAAUGUUAAUAUCAGUUAUGAUCCCUAAACUAUAAAA